AUGCUGCAUCCGUUGAUGAAUACUUCUCAUAAGCCAAAGGUUCGAUUUGAACUCCACGAAAAGAACAAGUCUUUCCAGGAAAGGGCUGUGCAGACUACUAGCAACUUCGAUAUUUUCACGACGACGAGACGCCCGACAACCACAAUCGACAACCACCUGACCCUUACUCAAAAUGUAAAGACUGGCCAACUUUGGUCCAAGAACAAGGCGGACCUCGCAAAGCAACUUGGAGAGUUGAAGACUGAGCUCGGUCAAUUGAGAACUCAGAAGAUUGCUGGAGGAUCUGCUGCUAAGCUCACCAAGAUCCACGACGUCCGAAAGUCAAUUGCCAAGGUCCUCACAGUCAUCAACGCCAACCAACGCGCACAACUCCGUCUCUUCUACAAGGGAAAGAAGUACCUUCCUCUCGAUCUCCGAUCCAAGCAAACUCGUGCCAUCCGUAGACGUCUCAGCAAGCACGAGAAGGAGUUGCAGUUGGAGAAGACCAAGAAGAGAUCGAUGCACUUCCCACAAAGAAAGUUCGCUGUUAAGGCGGAGGCUUAGAUUUUCUGGACGUAGGUGUUUAUGAUUGUGAGGAUGGCUGGCAUGGUGCCUUUUGCCUGGUUUGUUUUCGCACGGGUCACGGUGUAUCAUCGAAAAUAGCAUGGCUAGUAAAAAAGCCUUUUCCAAUAAAUCAAACGACUUGAGCAAAACAACAAAUGGGUCCUUUGGAUUUGGUGUGAUAUCUUGUGCGAGC